AUGGCGCUCUCUCCCCGCGGCCACGCCAACGCCGCCCAACUCUCUAUCCCCUGGCGUUUUGCCAAACCACACACCUACGACCCCAUUACCAACCCGCGCGGUUUGAUCUCUUUCGCCACGGCAGAAAAUUGUCUGUUUCAGAGAGAGCUACACGACUUCGUCGCCGAGGUUCCUAUUCCGCAGGCCGCUCUCCGCUACGCCUUCGGUACAGGCGGUGGUUCACGCCUGCCCUCUGCUUUUGCAGCACACAUACAUGAGUACUUCGCUCCUCAUGAAUUGGUGAGAGGCGAAGAUGUGAAGAUCACCGCUGCGGCAACAGGCUUGCAUGAUGUGCUUGCAUUCAGUCUUUGUGCUGAAGGUGAGGGUGUGUUGACUAGUCGACCUUAUUACGGGCGUUUUGAAAUCGAUUUUGGUAACAAAUCAGGCGUACGACUGGUGCCUGUUGAUACAGACCACGAGGAUUGCUUUGAAACAGGGGUCGUGAACGCUUUUGAGAGGAAGUUGGAGGAGUGUGAGAGACAAAACAUAAGCAUAAGGGCAGUGCUGGUGGUUAAUCCGCAUAAUCCGCUUGGCAGGUGCUAUACAAGGGAGACGCUGAUCGAGCUUAUGCGGUUCUGUCAGAGGCGUGGGCUGCAUUUGAUCUCUGACGAGAUUUAUGCGCUGAGUGUCUUUGAAAAUCCAGACGCUCCGGACGCCACGUGUUUCACGUCUGCGCUCUCGAUCAGCCCUACUGACGUAAUCAAUCCGGAUCUUGUGCAUGUCAUCUACGGCCUGUCGAAAGACUUUGGACUUGCGGGUCUUAAAAUCGGUUGUCUCGUCUCUCGCAAUGAGCAGCUGAAGAAGGCAGUUACGGCGGUGCAGAGAUUCUGCGGAGUGAGUGGGCUGAGCGUGGCAGUUGCGACGCAGAUGCUGGAAGAUCGAGAUUGGGUCAGGAGCAUCGUUGGAGUAAGCAAGAGGAGGCUGGCGCAGGCGUAUGCCUUCAUCACCAGACGUCUGAAGGUCAUGGGUGUUAAAUUCUUCGAAGGUGGAAACGCUGGCUUCUUCCUCUGGAUUGACCUCACUCCAUGGCUACCGCCUGUCAACUCCGAGACCGGAGGAGCGACGAGGGCAGCAAAGUGCAGUCAAAAAGAUCUUUACCACCAUCAGAUCUAA